GAGUUUCUUUCAGUCUGUGUUUAACACACACACACACACACACACACACACACACACACACACACACUCGACUGCACAUAAACAAUAAUGAGGGGCCUUUGUGUUGCGCUCAUCCCUUUAUCCUCCAGCACUAGCUGACUUGAGUCGUGUUUGUUAUUGAGUGUGUGGCGGCUGAAGCGGCGCGGGAGUUGGCGGACGCUCUGAUGUCUGAAACCAUUAAGGACAUUAAAUACUGAUGAUAAUGUCCAUCAAAAAGUUCUCAGUGGAUGUUCAAUAAGAGUGGAUAAUCAUCAUUAAUCAGGACUCUCACUGAAGACUACGUAGACAGGACCAUGGCUAGCAAGAGGAAGUCCACCGUUCCGUGCAUGAUUCCUGUAAAAGCCAUACAUCUGCAGGAUGACUUUGAGCUGGACAGACUGUCCCCUUCAACCAAGGACAUUGACUUUUCGGUUACAGAGGAAGCAAGUGGAAAAAGCAGUCAAAGUUUGGAUGAGUCCUCUGGGCAAGAAGCAGGUGAUACCUAUAAAGAUGGCGGUAUUUACACUUGUAGGCCAUGUAACUUUGAGACCCAGGACCUAAAUCUUUUCCUUGAUCAUGUCUACAGCGGGCACCCAGAUUUCCGCAUUGACCCUUGUUUUCUUUGCGUGGAUUGCGGGAUUAAUGCAGCAAAAUUUGAGGGCUUGGCACUGCACAAUGCCCGUGUCCAUCCAAGUACAAUAACCACCACACUUCAGCUCAAAAAGAAGGACAAUAGAAUCAUAGUAGAGCAGAGUCUUUGUGUGGAACCUUGUGAAAGCACUAGCUCUAAAGAAUAUGAGAUCUCCAUCACCAAGACACCAAUCAUGAAAAUGCUGAAGGGUAAAUCAGAACCCAAAAGGAUUGUAGUUUCCCACCCUGCAACGGAUGACCCUCCCCCCAUUAUGACCAAAGUGGUGGAGAAAAAUGACUCCCCUGCAGUUACUGUCACUCAUGUACCCACUAUUGUACACAAUGGAGCAGCCAGCAAAGUCACUCUGCCGUCGGCCAUACAGAUCGUUAAUGGCUCUGGGGCUUUGCCCAUGCUGAAGACAGCUGUUACACAAGUCAUAUCCGUCGUGCAGAACAGAAGUCUCAAUCAACAAUCUGCUCCAAUUACGGUCUCCUCAUCCCACUCCUCUUUGGCAUCCUCAUCAUCACGUACUAAGACUCUUCCAAAAGUAAUGGUCCCCCUGAGCAGCAUUCCUACUUACAAUGCAUCCAUGGACAAUAGCAGUUUCUUGAAGACAUCCUUUAGCAAGUUCCCUUAUCCAACCAAGGCUGAGCUUUGCUACCUUACUGUAGUCACCAAGUACCCAGAGGAGCAGAUCAAGAUCUGGUUCACAGCACAGAGGCUGAAACAAGGAAUCAGCUGGUCUCCAGAAGAAAUAGAAGAUGCCCGCAGAAAAAUGUUCAAUACAAUCAUACAGGCAGCACCCUCAAACAGCCAACAGCAGAGGCACAUCCACCACACCACUACUCAGCCAACUAUCACAGUACUGGGCACAACCGGCAUCCCUCAUAUCUUACAAGGUAGCCUGGUUGGCCAAGGAGGGGUGAUUGUCACCCAGCCGAUGAUGGCUAAUGGAAUUCAGGUCAGCAGUGCCCCUGUUGCAUUAGCAGUUACACCUAAACCUCAGGCUGCUGCAAAGCCGAUGAUGCAGGCCAGACCCGCCGCAGCCCUGGUAGCUGAUAAAGGAACCAGCAUGGUUUUAGGCACUGUUGGUAGCAGCAGUAGUGGAAAUUGCAGUAGUAGCAGCAGCAAUGCUAGCAGCAGUUCAAGCAGUAUUAGCAGUACUAGCAGCUUAUGUAGCCAGGCUAGCGUAAUCAGUAUUGGUAGCAGCAGCACUGCUAAGUCAAAUAGCAACAGCAAAGUUAAGGUCAAUAAACCGGGUACUAAUGCCACUUGCAUUCAAAGCAACGGUAACAUUGUGAAAGGUGAGGGUACAGGCAAUUCUGAGGCUAAAAGCAACAACAAGGAUAUUGUUUCAGCUGCCAGUACCACUCCAGCCACGACCUCUGCAUCUACGACUACAACAGAUACCGCCGAACCAAGUAAAUCAGACUCUCCUAUCUCUAUGAACUCUCAUAUAUUCUCCACCACCAACUUCCUGGACCCCAGCUUUAACAAAACUAAAAAGUCCCAGGAACAGCUGGCAGCCUUAAAGGAGAGCUUCCUUGUUAGCCAGUUUCCUAAUCAAGAGGAAGUAGACCGACUUAUAAGCCUAACUGGUCUGUCUGUACGUGAAGUGCGAAAAUGGUUCAGUGACCGCCGCUACCACUUCCGGAAUCUGAAGGGUUCAAGGUCAAGUGGCGGAGGUCAGACUGUUACAGCUAGUGGUGGCAUUUCCCAGCUGGAUACUCUUGCUGCUGUAGACCUGUCCGAAAACAGUACAACCCCAGAGAGGCCCAAAACCCCCCAGCAGUCACCUCUCAGCCCCUCACAGACAUCAUCCCCACCAACUCCAACACGGCGUCCUCCUCGACCCCCGUCGCCAGAUUUCACGGCCAUACGGUACAAAGAGCGAGAGCCCCAUCAGGUCCGUGCUUUGGAGGCCAGCUUUGCACAGGACCCAGAUCCAUCUAGUGAAGAAGUUGACCGGUUAAGAGCAGAAACAAAGAUGACUCGCCGAGAGAUCCACGGUUGGUUUGCGGAGCGACGGAGGAGGGUAGCAGCAGAGAAGAAGAAAGAAGAAGCUGAGAGGGCAGAAAGGGAAGAUGAUCUGGUGGGAGAAGCAGAGGAGCAUCGAAUAAACAAGGAAAAAAAUUGCAGUGAGGAGACCCUUGUAGCUGAAGAGUCCUGCCAGGAAACACAAGAAGACUUAGAGGAUAAACAGAAGGAUGAAAGUGGUACUGAGCCGAAAGUUAAUCCUAUCAAAAUCAAUCUCAAAAUGCUGAAAGUUACUGAAUCUAAUGGAAAAGGUGAGCCCGAGGGCAGUCAACUGAAUGAGGCUACCAAGGUGGCACAAUCUAUCUCUCAGACAGCUGUUCCUCAGACCUCCCCAUACCGAGGAAAGAAGACGCCGGAACAGCUCCACCUGCUGAAGCAAGUCUUUGCACGCACCCACUGGCCCAGUAGUCCCCAGUACAAUGAGCUGAUAACUAAAACAGGCCUGUCACGACCAGAGGUGGUACGUUGGUUUGGAGAUUGCCGCUAUGUCCUGAAGAAUGGCCAGCUCAAGUGGCUUGAGAGUUACCAGACCAUGGUAGAUGAGGAAGACUUCCAGAAACCCAACAUUAGCAUCCUAAAGGAGCACCUAGACAAGCAUGGUAAACUAGAUGAGACUAAGUUGGAUGAGAUUGUCAAAUCAAGUGGGUUAGGUGAGGAAACAAUCCGGCGGUGGUUUGUAAAUAAGACACCAAUUUUAUUGGUGGAAAGGAACUCUGAGAGCACAGGAGGUGUGACGACUGAACCAUCAUCUGCAAGCCCAACUGAAGCUGCUCCAUCGUCACAGCAUCCAGACCAUGAAGAUGUAAAGGUGGAGCAGUCAGGAAGCAGCCUAAUCUCUAAGGAUCAAACCAUGAAGUCAAUAGUUGAGAUAUCAACAAAUACUAAACAGGAGUCUGACUGAAGAGGAGAGUGGAUGUAUGAAAGAAUGUAAAGCGAUAUUGGACCAUGGGAUUACAGCGCACGUGGCCUUUAAUUGAAGGCUUUGUUUUUUUAAACAAACGACAUAAUACUUUAACAGGAGCACUAAAUAACAUAUUUGCAAAAACAAACAAACAAAAAAAACUGUUCCCCCAAUGAAUAUUGCCUUUUUCUCCAAGAGUUACUAGCUGUCCCACUGUUCAAGACAUGGUUCUGGAUUAUAAAAGGUCAGGAUGCACCCCUUCUACAGCCAGCUAUUUUUUCUAUUUGGAUAGGAUAGAGGGGAAAACAGACCAUGUCUUUGUGAAGUGAUAAACCCCAGUUGAAGUCCAUGGAGAAGAUUUUCUUGGAUGUGUAUUUUUCUUCUGGGGAGGAAUUACCAUUUUUAGGGGACUUAUGGUGGUUCAAAGCGCAAACUGCACAGCUCUCAUUGAGCCCUUUUGUAUUUCUUUAAAUAUGACUGACAUAAUUGCACCUCAGAGAGGUUGAGUUGUAUGCUGUAGGUGAGCAUCAAUACCACAGCACUUUAUUCCCCCUCAAAUGUCAUUGAAAGUAAAAAAAUCAUGAUUUGUGUAAAAACAGAUUCACCAGUGUGAACGCUUAGGCUUGUAUGAUUUUUACAAAUAUUAUUUGCAGAAUAAAUUUAAUAUAAAAAAAAGUCCAUCACGUUUUCAUUGUUGAAUAAGUACUUUAUUCUCAGGCUUGAUUAUGUUACAUAUGAAAAGCAAAAUUAAAACAUAUACUUUCUCCAAUAUAGCAUAGGCACAUUACAGAAAAGGCUUGGUUUGUAAAUAAGAUAAUUAACAAAACGCUGAUGCAACAAAGUAUAGAAAAUGGCAUAUAUAUGUCCAACAGGGAAUCUUUCGUUGAUGUAUACAUACACCAAGGCACAUGAAAGAUGAUGCAAGAAAACAGCAGAAACUAAUUAACAGACUGGAGAAGGGCUACAGAAGUACAAGGAAAGGGAAUAACACUGAGAACAAAUUGAGGGAAUGUUGGCUAAUUAGGAAUAAAUGUAAGGGAACCUGAGCAAGUUCCCUCUGAAGGACUUUGGCCUCGUCUUCUCCUCUCAAAGCUCAGGAAGUGAUUAUGGUCCCCAUGUCUUUCUGUAGUAUUUAUAGAUUUCAUAAUGCAAUUUGGUAUAUACUAGAAAAAGAGAGGAAUUACAGAAUUUAUGCAUGCAUCCAAAGGUGCAAACUGGUUGCUUGAAUUGCACACAUCCCUCCAUGUAAAAAUGCCCUUUGUUUACCAUUUUCAAGUUAGUUAGCAUUUCUGUAUAUGCCCAGUCUGGGGAAAUUGAGGAGUAAAUUCUUGAGCAUCUUUCAGACUCUGAGCUGUCAUGCACAGAACCAAAUAAAUACGGUGACAAUACUGCCAUAACAUUAGCAGCCACAAGGCAAAAAAAGGGGGAAAACGGCAAACAAGUCCUCCAUGGUCACCCUGCUCCAUAAAAACACACCUGGACCCCAUGGUCAAACGGAGAGCAAGGUAAAGCAUCAGCAAUGGAAAAACAAAUGUAACAGCAUCACAAUGGCUUCUCUCAUAUGGCUGUUAGACACUAAAUGAUUCCCAGAUCUAAAUGGCACGUUUAUAUGUGCAGUUCAGUAACAACUCAACCUCUACUGGCUAAACAGGAGAACUGCAUGUAAUUUAUCAGAGCUAUAAUAAAUAUGGCCUUGUUUUACUGUACAUCAGCUGUGAAUAUGAGAUUUAGCAGUCUUAGCCUGUUUAUCAAUCAGUGACAGUCUGUAUUACGGCAAUACUAUGGCAUAACACAAAACCAAAUGACAGCUUGGCACAAGGUAUACUUCUAAAAGACUGACCAAAAUGCCCUUACGCCUGUCCACAGAAGAAAGAAAUAAAACAUAUCCAUAAUAUUUUCAUAAUUAUUUUGACGCUCAGGGUGUUCUACUAUCCAAAUAAACUGAAGACAGUUAUUUUGGUCCCAAUUUUUUUUUGUAUAAACCACCUGCACAGUCUACCUUUGGCUUUCUUUAAACAGACAUCAUGGUUAACGCUACUAAAUCAUACAUAAAGUGUCCUCCCUAUUUUGAUCUGAUAAGACGAAACAUCAUAAAAAGCCUUCAGGAACAAGACUUCUCAAUUGCUAAAAUAUGGAGAAACAGUGUACGAUAAAUCACAGAAAUUGUGUUCUGAAAAGAGAUGGUCUGUAAGUCCUGUAAACUAAAUACACGUCUCUGAUGCUCCCGUAGCCUGAAAACCCCACCUGAGCUGUUUGUGAAUUAAAGUCCACCCGUGCAGACUGACAAAACAAAACAAGGAGAGUGAUAUUGCUCUCUGGUCACUUGAUAACAUCGUAACUUAGUUAAAAAAUAAA